GCCCGCACGAAAAUCUAGUUUUAGAAUUAUUAUAAAUAUUUAUUAUGAAUCUUUAAUAACCUGAAAAUCAGUCGUUUCAUACGAUGAUAAGCGUAUAAAGUGAUUUUAUUGAUGACUGAUCAUCAGUGAGGAUUGGAUGUAAUAUAAACAUAGGAUUUAGUGGCGUUACAAGUGAUUACGAAUGAAAUUGAUGAUGCAAAUAAAUUGGGUUGUUGUAAAACAUGUUGUCUGUAGUUUAUUGACGCGUGUGAAUUUAGUGUUACACUAUCUGUAUGGAAUUUAACUUUAUUUUUCUAAAAUAAAAGUAGCCUAUGUUACUCCUUAUUAUAUCAGCUACCUGCCAAAAAAAGUCCCAUCCAAAUUGGUCCAGCCAUUUCAGAGAUUAGCCGGAACAAACAGAGAGACAGACAAAAAUUGUAAAAUAAAUAUUUUGGUGUAUAUACUGUAUUUAUAUUCAUAUGCAUGUAGUAAAAAACGAUUAUUUCAAUAUUACAGACACUCCAAUUUUAUUUAUAUGUAUAUGUAUGUUUUAUGAUAUUGUUAGUGGGUAGUUGUAACAAUGUCGCGAAGGGAGGGUCGCAUUGAGCGGCCGGAGUACCCUGUGACACCCCUACCACCGCCCAGCAAAUGUGCAAAGGUGCUGUACUACACAUGGAAGCUGUGCUCGGUGGUGUUCUCGCACUUCGUGAUGAUCAGCCUGGUGGUGGCUUACUGUAUCCUCGGAGCUGUCACCUUCGAGCGUCUGGAGGCGCAGCACGAGCGGGAGGUGAAGAUGAACAUAUCCCAGAUUCGUAGCAACACCACGCAGAGCAUAUGGGUGAUGACGCGCAAUGUGCCCCUCCUCAACCAGACCAACUGGACCUCCGACGUGGUGGACAUGCUAAAGGACUUCGAGAAUGCGAUCCUGUUGGAGAUGAAAGUCCGCGGGUGGGACGGCAACGAGAGCACCGACCACAUCCAGUGGACCUUCACCGGAGCGCUGUUCUACUCCAUCAUCGUCAUCACCACUAUAGGUUACGGCCACAUAGCUCCCAAGACGCAAACAGGCAAGGUGGUGACUAUCUUCUACGCGAUCCUGGGCAUCCCCCUCAUGCUGCUCUGCCUCUCCAACAUUGGAGACGUCAUGGCUUCCUCCUUCAGGUUCCUGUACUGGCGCGUGUGCUGUUACGUGUGCACGCGACCACCCAAACGGAGCCACCGUCACCGUCAUCCUUCCACGAGACGCUCGAUGCGUGCAGGCAGCACGCGGGGAUCGACGCGACGUCGACGACCACUAGAGCGGGCCCAUUCUGAUACUGAUUGCAGGUAUCGUGACAGCGGGUACAGCAGCGGGCGGCGCCGCCCUCGACAGCCACCAGCUCCGCCGCCCCUGACCCGCGCCGUUCGCUCGCAGCCUCCACUAUCUACACACACCAGAGGACAUGGUACACGGGACUAUGAUCGAGAAGAUUAUUCCCCGGUCCGCCACGAGAAGUAUGCACGAGAUCAAUAUGAAGACGAUGAUGAGGAUUUCCCGAAGAUAUCGCUUCCAUUACAAGAUUUAGAAGCAGCAUUAAAGGAUUUGGACAACCAUCAAAUGAAAGUGACGUCACAUACAGAGCUACGUAGCAAAUCACUACCCAGACCAGCAAAAUCUAAACCAGAUUAUGGACCUCGAAGAGAUUUUGACGAUACUAGACCUUAUGAAAUUGAUAAUAAAGAUAUGUAUGAAAUGCACGAUCUGCAUGAUGUUGAUUACGAGAAUUAUAAGGAAAGGAAAGCGUUAGAAGAAAGAGAGAGAAGACGGAAAGAACACGAUGAUUAUAAUUAUAGAGAUAGAGUCUACGAUCCUGAUGAUGAGGACUUUGAAUUUGAUCCUCCGAGAAAUAAAAGAACUAGACAUGAUUGGAGGACAGAACGUGGUCGUUCUGAAUACUAUGAGCGUGAUAGAGAAGAUGUGGAUGAUAGACGGCGAGGUCGGCGGGCCCGGAGCGCGGUCUAUGACUACGAACAUCGGUGGGCGGAUGACAGAGAUGUGGAGACUGGCCGCGGGAGACGACUCCGCAGGCUGUAUACAGUGGACGACACCCCCAGGCAAUACUACAGAUAUUCACCGUCGCCGGAUCGCGAUGACUGGAGUGAUGAAGUCGUAGUUAUGCCAAAACGACAUCGGCAUCAAGCGUGGGGUUCUCGUCAAUCUGAAAUAUAUCCAUUUCCGCCGGAAGUGCCCGCAAAAGAAGAGAUAAAGCCGGUGCCGAUCUGGUUGUGCGUGUUCCUGGUGGCGUCGUAUAUAGUGGCGGGCACGUUCCUCUUCAAACGCUGGGAAGGCUGGGCCUACCUGGACGCUGCCUACUUCUGCUUCAUCACACUCACCACCAUCGGAUUCGGGGACUUCGUGCCCGCACAGGGUCAAAGUCUGGAAGAUCCAGCGGCUGCAGUCCACUCCAUAGCGCUUUGCUCUCUGUACCUGCUGUUCGGUAUAGCAUUACUGGCCAUGUCGUUCAACUUGGUGCAGGAGGAGGUGCGGGCCAACGUCGCCUCCCUGGCCACAAAGCUUGGCAUAAUCAAGCCAAGGGACCAGCACAACGACACCGACACUGAUUACUGA